GAAAAAAAUAAUUUUUAAAUAAAGUAGUCAUUAAAAUAAUUAUACCACCUUUGGGCUGGUUGGAUCGACACUGGAGAAGUUCUUCAUGAAUUUUCAUAAGGACCUAUUCUUGCUGCAAAUUGAUGCUAAGAAGCUUGGAGACGGAUUGGUUUACAAAGCCGUUGAUGACACCAAUGUGUUUCCUCAUUUCUAUGGCCCUUCCCGUAGCUUUAGUCCUCUCCCACUUGAUGCCGUUGUGAAAUCUGAGCAGCUGGUCAUGUCUGAAGGGAAAUUCAGAUGCAGAACGUACUUUAUCAUGCACGGGAAGAUUGCACAGCUCCCACAAUCUGUCAUCCAAUCGUUAUCACUCCAGUUCCAGGGUCGUAUGUCGGAUGGACGAUUGAUACUUGAUUUCUUAUGUGAAAGCUUGAAUGCAAGUUACCUGAGUCCAUUCGUGGAAUCUGUGGGCGCAAAUUUCACGAAUGGGGUAAACUUUGCUAUGAGUGGUUCUUCUAUUAUUCCCACCUCUGAUUUUUUUAGCUUGCAAAACCAAGUGGCUCACUUUGGUAGAUUCAAACGCCGUUCCCUAGAUUUCUUCUAUGAAGAGGACAAAGAUUUACUAGGGAACGAGGAGUUUGAGAAUGGGCUGUAUCUGAUUGACAUAGGACAGAACGACCUUGCCACCGUAUUUGGUCCUUUACCAACAAGGGGCAAGGAAGUUUUGGGUCCACAAUACAGGGCCUCUGGGUUGCUUGCCAGAAAUAUUGGCAAGCAGAAAGUAUUCAGCCAGGUCUUCUCUCAAUUACUAUUGCUUGAUAGUUUGAUUGAUGCUGUUAUGGCAUUGGGUGCAGGGGACACAUAUUUACUAGGGGAUGAGGAGGAGUUUGAGAAUGGGCUUUAUGUGAUUGACAUGGGACAGAACGACCUUGAUGCCGCAUUUGGUUCUCAGCCAUUUCCUAAUUAUGAAGCUGUACAGAAGGCGAUCCCCUACUUCAUUUCUGAAAUUGCAAGUGCCAUCAGGGGCCUUUACCAACAAGGAGCAAGGAGAUUUUGGGUGCACAACACAGGGCCGCUUGGUUGCCUGCCAAAAGUAUUGACAAGAAGAAACUAUUCACCGGGUGAGCUUGACGAGCAUGGAUGUGCGAUAUCCGUUAACAAUGGCGCACUUGAAUUCAACAGGGAGCUCUUUACCCUCUGCAACCAGCUUCGCCCUCAAAUGGAGGGCGCCGUAAUAGUAUAUGUGGAUGUGUACAGCAUCAAGUACGACUUGAUUGCGAAUUCCUCCGCGUAUGGUUUUGAGAAUGCUAUCACAGCAUGUUGCGGCUAUGGUGGGGGACAAUACAACUACAAGUCUACCUCCCUGUGUGGUGCGCCGGGGUCUAAAGUGUGCGACAAGAGGUCGGAAUAUGUGAACUGGGACGGUACUCACUAUACCGAAGCGGCUAAUAGAUUUGUUGCCACCCAAAUACUUUCCACUCGUUACUCCAACCCUCGUCUCGCACUUUCCGACCUUUUUUUCUAACCUCCUGUUGUUGCUGCUCCUGCACACACAUGCUUGUAAGUGGCUCUGUUUUUUCAUUCCCAUCUGGGAUCAGAAUGAACAAGAGUUGAAAAU